CAUGAACAAAUGGUACGUUCCAGUCAUAGGUCUACCACGUGAUCCAAAAUGGCGGAAAUUUGACGUUUUGAAAGUUGCCGUCUAUUUUUUGGAACUUUAAACUUGUUUUUCGAGCAUGUAAUGUCACAGCAACGGACAUAUUUCAUCUAACAGAAUCAUCCAAUAUGGAGGGACCCGAAACUGAGCCUUUGACGGCUUCUACGGGGAGUAUACAGGGGAAUUCUCACGCAAAAAUUGCGGCGGCCCAAGAACUUUUUCCGGAAGAAGAUGAUGAAGACAUCCUUUUGCAGGCUGUUGUCUUUGUGGAGGAUGCCAUUCAUUACCGUUCCAUCCACCAUCGCGUGGACCGGCGGUCGUUACGUCUGUAUCGCCUGUACUACUCCAACUGGGUCCAGUGGGGCAUGUACGCAGCCAUCUCGGUCCUCCUUGUGCUCGCGUUCUUCGAGCGCCCGUCGUCUCUCUCGUACACCUCCGACACACAGACGCUGUUCAUCAACAGAAAUGGGACGAAUCAAACCAACCAAUGGGAUCCUCCGUGUGGCGUGACUGAGUCAAUAGAACUGUUCUGUCUUCUCAUCUUUCUCGCCGAUUUCGUCGUGAAAACCUACUUAGUCGGAAAGGAGAAGUUCUUAAAAAGUCCGUGGCUAAUCGCGUAUGUACUCAUCCUUCUUGUGUCGCUUCUGGAUUGGAUGGCGACGCUUGGUGUGCUGUGCAUCGUCCCGGUUCCCGGCACGUCGCAUUAUCGCUCUGUCCUGCGAAUUCGCCGAUUCUUCCGUCCGUUUUUCCUCCUACAGAACUCCUCGCUGAUGAAAAAGACGGUGAACUGUAUAAAGCGAACCCUACCAGAGAUUUUCGCAGUGCUGGUGCUACAGUUUCUCCACGUGUACUUCUUUACGAUCGUCGGGAUGCUGUUGUUCUCGGAGCCGGUUGGUUCGACUGCUGGCGGUAACAACAGCUCCUGGGUGCCCGUGGACCCAGGUGCCACAGGGGUGAGCGACCCAAACUUCCAUUCCCUCUGGAACGCGUUCAUCACGCUUCUCGUCCUCCUCACCACCGCAAACAAUCCCGAUGUUACGAUGACAGCGUACUCUCACAACCGUUUGUACGCCGUCUACUUUAUCCUGUUCCUCGCGAUCGGUUUGUACCUCCUUUUCAACAUGAUGACCGCCGUCAUCUAUAACCAGUUCCGCGGCUAUCUGCAGUCAUCGCUUCAGGGCAGCUUUUUCCGGAGAAGGGUUGCGGUCCGCGCCGCGUUCGAAGUCCUCAGCCAGCAGAACAAGGAGGUGGAGCUGAGCACGAACUCCGGCGGCGACUGCGUACGCGUCAGCACGAUCUACCACGUGAUCGAGAAGGUCAGCCUGCCCAAGUCGGCAGAACGGAGGAUCACGGAAAAGCUGGGGAGAGACAUGUUCGGGACGUACAACGCAGCGCAGUUCCAGGCAGUUUUUGACCUGUUGGAUUUAGACUACCAGGUUCAUCACAGGCCACCUCUACCAGCAUUCAGACACUCAUGGCUACAGUUUCUCCAGAAGAUGAUUGCACACCGGUACUUUGAGUACUUGUGCUGUGCUGUAGCCUUGUCCAACAUCCUCACAGUCUCUAUACUGCUGACUAUAGAAUAUGAUCAGCUGAAUGCAACCAACUCGGACCUUGAGCUCCUGAACUUUGUGUUCGUGGUGUACUACCUGGUGGAACAGUGCCUGAAGUUUGUCCUGCUGGGCUGGAGGUACUACAGAAUCAGGAAAACGUACAUCUUCGACGCGCUGGUGACCUUCGGUCUCGUGAUUGUCGAGGUCAUGACCCUGGUGGAGUACGGGUCGCCGUUUUCCGGACUGGACCGAAAGGACGAGGUCGAGACCGUGAUCGAAUUAUGGGACCUCAUCCGCAUCACCAACAUCCUCAUCAUGUUCCGUCUCCUACGCGUUAUAUCGCUUUUCAAAACCAUGUCCCUGGUGUUGAGCACGCUGCUCGAUCUCAUCAAGAACAUGCGAGCGUUCGCGGGGAUCCUCGUCGUGAUCUACUACUUCUUCGCGAUCCUUGGGAUCGAGAUCUUCAGCGGCGUGACGAACUACGAGACCUUCCGGACUGUAAACGUCACAUGCGGGAGCUACCAGCAGCUCAACUAUUGGGCGAAUAACUUUAACGAUUUUGCAUCGGCGUUGGUCGUGUUAUGGGACGUUAUGGUGGUGAAUAACUGGAUGGUGUUUCUGUUCGCGUACAAGGACGCGUUGAGUACGGGCUGGGCGCAGCUGUUUUUCAUCGUGUGGUGGCUCGUGUCCGUCGUCGUCUACGUGAACUGUUUCAUCGCGCUCGUUCUCGAGAACUUUAUCACGAAAUGGGACAAAUCGAACGCUAUUAAGGAAGAGCAAGAAGACGAAGGGCGCAGUCGUACUUUAUCGUUCACAGAAGUACGAGUAGAGUCGGUGCACCACUUGUUCAGAAGUGGUCUCACUGAACCUAAAGAGGAAGAACUUUUGGAAGAAAUAAGAAAACAUCAGCAUUUAGAAAUCAAGGUCUAGCUUUGUUUAUGUAAAGUAUUAAUUUUGUGUCAUUAUCAUGUGGCUUUUGCUGACAGUGAAUUAAGUUAACGUUUCUCACAAAAAUGGAGCUUGAUAAACGUAUUUGGCAGUCUUGUGCAAUUUUGAAAAAAAAGAAGAAAUUGUCAAUACCAGUAUUUUGUUUGUGCAAUACAAUAAUCAUUUCAUGUGCUUCACAGUGAAAUUGUGUAAUGUGGAAAACAGUUUGGAGAAGUUUCGAAUAGCUGGCUAGAUUAAAAGCCUGUUAAAAUAAGAAGACUUGAUAAGUUUGUUCAGUUGAAAGGCUGAAAAUCAUCAAGUGUAACACAGCCUUCAUUUCAUUGGCAGAGGUAGUCAGCCAAUCAGCAUGCCUCAUGUUUCAGGUACUCAUUCUGAUUGGUCAAUGUGCUAACAUUUGUUGUUAACAUUACAUCAUGUACAUUUCAUUAUUCAUUCAGUGAAUUAAGUGUGAACUUAAGUAAGAUGGCAUAAGCUUAAGUUAUCCAAGACAGACUACUAAAAGGUGUGUGUUAAUGCUUCUACAAACUUUUUCAAAACAGCAGUUAUUAAAAUUACAUCAGGAGUAUGAUGUUUGUAUAAAUAUGUAGUUACAAGGUUCAAAUUGUUCUGUUUCAUGUAACAAAUAUUCAACAUGCACCUCAAUGUUCUGACCAAAUUUCAACUAAAAAUUCUGGCUCUAUGGUACUACAUGUACAUACUGUUAAAAAUGUUUUUGUAUUGAAACUUUUGAAAAGAAGGGCCAAGGGAGAGAAUUCUGUAAAAGCUUGAUGAUAUUUCCACCAUUGUGCCCAAGACUUGAAAAUGUAAACUGAUCUAUAUUUCAAACACAGAAAAAAAUUAACUAUAUUGAUACAAAAAUGUAUUCUUUGAGCUGUAUAAACCUGCAGUUUAUAAUGGAAUUAAAAACUAAAUUGUG